AUGACGAUGGAUUCAUCAUCACCAUCGAAGGGUUGGAACUUAGGAGAACUUCCCAAAGAUUACCCUAUUCCUCCAUCCGGACCUAGUACGGAUACCUCGGAUUAUCCACCACCAUCUCCAAGGCUAUUGCUUAAGGGUUGGAACUUUGGAGAACUUCCUAAAAAUAUCCCUAUUCCUCCAUUUGGGCCUAGUAGAGGCUCCUCUAAUUAUCCACCACCACCACCUCCCAACUCCUUGUUCAAGGGUUGA